UAAACAAGAAUGUUGAUUAAAAGUCGUAUAAAACGUAAAAAGUAUUAUUUAAAUUAAAUUAUAUUGCAAUACGAACCAAAAAUGUUAUAGGCAAUUAAAUAUAAGAUGUCAUUCUUCUAUUUAACGCCAGUAAAAGGUGACUUACCUGUACAUUUAUUAGAAGUUAUUCUAUUGAAUAGACUGGAAUAUUUAAAAACAAUUUUGAGUGAUAAACCCACAAUAUACAACGAAUAUGUUGUAGACGGAAGCAUAUACGAUAACGUAGGACACUUCACAUUAUGCGUGAUACUAAUUUUAUGUGAAGACAGAGAGUUUACGGAAUAUAUUUUGAAAUCGGAGUUAGAGCUGUUCAGGCGCCGUUUAACAUCUUUAUCUGCGUAUGAACUGAGAUCUUUUGCUAAAAAAAUACUCAGAAGUAUUAAAAAGCUGGACAAAGUACCGAAACUCAUUGAAUCUGUGCAAAUACUAUGUCAACAUUUAAUGCUGAAGGAAAUGGCUCAACAUAUUUGUUCAGUACACAAUAGUGCCUGUACAGCACACAGUAUACACUUGAACUUCAAACAAUGCCUUCGCCUUGUAGCUAGGAGACAAGUUGAACUCACAAAUGGAGUGGCAACUAUACCUUGUGGGAGAUGGUUACAAUAUUUUAUUACUCUUUUUAGAGAAAUUUUAAUCAACAGAAUCAACAACACUGAUGUAGCACCAUUGAAGAGUGAUGCAAGAAUUAUGGAGCUCCUACACAAAAUAAAGAAAGACUAUAAUUUAUCUAAAGUCAAACCUAAUGUAUUAUUAAGUAGGGAUGUGGACUCCGCAUCCCAGUUUUUCCCUCCAUGCAUGCUAAACCUUCACCAAAAUCUCAGAAGAAGGCAUAGACUAUCCCAUACACAGAGGUUUCAUUACAGUUUAUUUUUAAAAGAUAUUGGCAUGCCAAUAGCAGAGUCUGUAGAGUUCUGGAGAGCAGAGUACCGGCUACACCCAAACGGGCACCACAGUUGUUGUCAUAACUGGGAAAAAGAUGAGAAAAAAUAUGUCUACGGUAUUAGACACAUGUAUGGGUUAGAAGGAUCUAGGAGAAUCUACCCCUCAGUCAACUGCAGCACUAUACAAAGCAUAGACAAUUCAUGCUCCGAAGGAGGUUGUCCAUUCAAAUCCUUUGACUACCAAAAAAUGGUUCCACUUUUAAAAAACUGUUCUGAAUCAGUGUUGUCACAAAUUGUGGAAUUAAAAAAGAAAGGGUUGUAUACAAAUGCUUGCAUGUUUUUUAUGCAAAAUUCUUAUUCUAAGUCAGAUAGUUGUGAUAGUUGUAGCUUUAAUUUUACACCUGUUAAAUAUUAUUCUGUAGCAUCUAAAAGUAAUGAUGAUAAAUUAUGAUGAAUUAGGUUAAACAAAUUAAUAUAUUACUUUCUGUUGUGAGAUAGCUAAAUAAAGGCACUGUAAUAACCUAAUAACACUACAAAAUUAUGAAUUUCAAUAUUUAUACACGCAGCAAAACAAUGAACUGAAACUUAAUAAAAAUACUUAGGUAUUGUCUAAUAUUAAAGUACCAUACUUACGAAAAAAAAAAUAGGUGUGUAUCAUGAAUAUAAUUAUUAAUCUGUAAUGGAUGUACCAGCCCAUGUACCUACUGCUGUUACACAAUAUGUAAGACAUUUUAAGACUGAUAAAUAGAAACAUUGUACUGUGGCAAGUAAUCUGACAUACGACAAAUUCGCUUUGUUGACCUCACAAGACGAGCCUAGGAAAUAAGCAGUUUAUUUUAUUACGAAAACAAUAUUAAUAUAAUAUUAC